AUGACUAAAACCAAAUUCAUUUUUACUUAUAAUCCAGAUCUUGCUAAGGCUGUUCCUGAUGAUAAUGAUGAUGACGAUGAUGAUGUCAGAUUUUUCAAAGUUGCCGAGUCCGACUGGCCCGUAUGGUUAGAUAACCAAAGAGUUCACGCAAAGUGGGUAAAGAAUGAUACCAGCCCUGGUAAUUCGAAACUGGCAUGGACGCAAUAUUUUCGUUGUAGUCUCCUGGGUAAACCAAAAGAAAAGUUAAGAUUAGAAACAAGACAACGUCGACUUUUCUCUAAGAAAUGCUUCUGUAAAGCAAAGAUAACAGCCAGAUUAAGUAAGACAGAAACGGUCAUUAAAGAUGGAAAAAUAGAACAGGCAGUAAUUAUUCGAUGGAGUUGGCGUCAUAGUCAUGACAUUAAAAAAUCCUGA